AUGGCUACAUUUGUCUAUGCUUCUUCUCUUCUACAAACUAGUCGCCUACUUCUUUCUACUUUUUCCUAUAGCACGAUGGUUCUGUCUUUGGCUCCUAUAGUUCCUGAGAGAGCUCGAACAAGCAUCUAUGCCCUGGAUCGAUCGUUUGAGUCUAUACUGGCAUCAUUUGCUCCUCCAGUGGUUGGACUUUUGGUUCAACACUUAUAUGGUUUUAAACCAAUUCCCAAGGACUCAACGGGCUCAGAGGAAAUUGAAACGGAUAGAGCAAAUGCAGCCCCGCUUGCAAAGGUUGCCAUUUCCAGAGGUUUGAAUGGAAUAGGACUUGCCAUAGUCGCACCAGCUAUACAAUCUCUAGUUGCUGAUUCAACAGAUGAAAGAAACCGCGGUAUCGCUUUUGGGUGGCUACAAUUAACAGGGAACUUUGGCUCUAUCCUUGGCGGGAUUUUAUCGGUGCUGCUAUCUGAAACAUCAUUCAUGGGAAUCGCUGGCUGGAGAAUCUCCUUCCAUCUUGUAGGUUUUAUUAGUGUUGUAAUUGGUAUAUUGGUGCGCAUUUUCGCCAAGGAUCCUCACUAUGUUGACAGUGAUGGCAAUGCAAAAGAGCAACCUCCCCAAAAUCCAUUUAGAGAAGAAGUGACGGAGCUUCUAAGAGAAGCAAAAGCAGUUGUAAAAGUACCUUCUUUUCAAAUACUUGUUGCUCAGGGAGUGUCGGGGUCGUUUCCAUGGUCAUCAUUGUCAUUUACCCCUAUGUGGUUAGAGCUUAUCGGAUUCUCCCACAAGACAACAGCAUUACUGUUGACUUUGUUUAAUGUUGCUCUCUCAAUUGGUGGAUUGUUUGGGGGAAAAAUGGGAGAUGUCCUUGCCAAACACUUACCGGAUUCUGGUAGAAUAAUUCUAUCUCAAAUAAGCUCUGGUUCGGCGAUCCCUUUAGCUGCAAUUCUGCUCUUAGGAUUGCCUGAUGAACCUUCCACAGCUGCAACCCAUGUUUUAGUCUUGUUCAUCAUGGGAUUAAUCAUUUCUUGGAAUGCUCCAGCAACAAAUAAGUAUGUUUCCUUUCGACCACUCUAUCAUUCAUCUUUAUCUGGAUUUUCUUGCAUAUAUCCUUGUCUUUACAUGUUGAAGGUUGAAAGUUUAUAG